AUGACGGACCUGGACUACUGUGCUCUAAUAACAAUAGAAACAUCUUUGGAAUCUGAUAUACUUGUGAAGAUAGAUGACAUCUUUGUCACACAAUCUCAAUUGUCAUGUUUGCUAGAUCCAAAAAAAUUCCUAAAUGAUGAUGUCAUCAGCGCGUAUAUAUGUUGCAUAAAGUAUCAAACCCAUUUACAAAGUAGGAAUGAUGUUAAAUUUUAUUUAGAGAAUCCCUUUAUUUCUGUAAUUCUAAAAAGGGAUGGCAAGUUUGGUGUAGGUCAAGAUGGUAACCAUAUGACAAAGAUUGUGAGAAACUAUCUAAAGCAUGAAAUGAUUCUAAUUCCAAUAAAUAUCAAAGAAACACAUUGGUAUUUGGCUAUUAUUAACACACAGAAGUGUGAGAUACAAGUACUUGACUCGUUGUGUUGGGACUCCAACCGAGGUGAUCUUGCCGAUACGCUGCAAGGACUACAAUUUCAUUUGGACAUAAUUGGAAGGCAACAAAACUUGAUUAGCCAUAACUGGAAAGACCUCCAGGUUAUUUCAUGGAUAAUCACAGAACAACUACAAGAGCCAAUUCAGAAAGAUGGCUCAUCUUGUGGACUGUUCAUGCUCAAGUUUAUGGAAUACUGGACUGGAGAUUCACUAUCUCAUCCUAUUACACAGGAAGAUAUUAAUUGUUUUAGGUAUAAGUUAGCAGGCAUUCUAUUAUGUUGGAAAAGAAACACAGCACAAACAACUCCUAAAAAUAUCUCAUUGUUGGGUAAUUCAGAUGACCAAAAAGAACCCAAGGCAACAGAUUCAUUAUUAGAGGAAACAAAAUACCAAUCAUUAAUGUCUAUUCUUUCUAAGAUCAGUGAAAAUGAGUUAAUUGGUGGCCUUUGUGACUACAUCAAAUCAAUUAAUUGUCUAGAGACCUUGGAAGAAGUAUGGGUGAGAAACUCCAAGCCAUAUUCCAUUAGUUUGACUGUCAGGAAGCUGCAAGAAAUUUUGAAAGAAGAUCUGCCCAUGGACUGUGAUUGUUUGAAUUUGGUUAUUCGAAAAUUCAUGUUUGACGAGAUCCAAAUGAUGAAGAAAACCAAAGGAACAAUAUCAAAGCAUUAUCUAGACACGAGGUUUUGGAUGAUUACUGAUUAUGGACGACACCCAAACUUCCGUAAAAAGUUAGAUGUGGAUCAACUUGCAGAAACCGUUUGUAGCUGGCCUGGUGUUAAUUAUAGUGUUUCAAGAUGCAAAUUGGUAAGACAUCACUUCCCUAUACCUAUUCUUGCGAUUAUAGCUACUAGCCUUCUUGUACAUGUUAAUGCUCUUGCUCUUGUUGUAACAAAUAGCAUUUUGCAGAUUCUUAUACCAAUAGUACAAUUCAAUAAAACCUUUAUUCUGUUUAUACUAAACCAAGAUACAAGAACAGUCUAUAUUUUAGACCCUACUCCACUUGACCCUGUUUACAAAUAUAACCCAAAUGCAAGAUAUGUGAAGAAACUUUUAUGUAUUGCUGAAUUCUUGCCAAAAGCCAUGUCAAAAGUAUGCCCUGGCUCUAGAUGGAGUGAGGAUGUUUUCCUAUGGUGUCAAAUAAUUUUAUCUGAUGUUCCUAUCGAAAACAGGUAAGCAUUCUUAUAAGCACUGUUCUUAUGUUGUAGCUCAGGAUUGAUUUGAAGUUUUAUUGUAAAAUUCUGUGUCUUACUGGUUGGUCCAAGUUAACUGUGUUGUAGUCUCUAAUGAGCGCGAUUUGGUUGGAUUGGUAAUCAGGCUUUAGUCCACACAUCAAACUAUUAGAUAUGUGAUCAAUAAGACCUUUUCAUCCAUAGUCAGUUCCCAAGAUUUUCUGCACUUGAUGAGUCCUUUUUAGUUACCAAUUUGAACUGAAAGCACUGUACUGAUUUUUUGAUACUGUCCCUAUUCAGAAACUGAGAAAUAUAACAAAGUGUUAGAAUUUGACAUGUCAAACAUCCUUAAUUGUGUGGAUAUGUGGAUAAGAGAAGUUGGAGUCUGUUUCACAGUGUAACUUCUAACUGCUUAAUUUGCACAAUGCACAUCAUAUUAGCAUUUGACUGUUAAGAUGUCCACUAGACUAUGCAAUUGUUAAGCCAACAACAGCUUUGGUGAUGCCAAUUUGUUUUUGAGCGUGGUCCCCACAUGUACCUUCCUCUGAUUAAAUUAACUGCCCUACCCUUGUAAUUUCGUUAGCUUGAUCAUACUGGUGGCCUGCAUAGUAGACCUGUAUAUGCACUGCUCUGUCCUGCAUAUUAGACUUGUAUAUGUAAUGCUCUGUUCAGGUUUUCAUGUUUGGGUCAAACUUUAGUAUGAAACAAAAAAGUUUAGGAUGCCUUAGCUUUAGCUAGGAAUAAUGAUACAAGUUCAGGAUUCAGAAUCUUCCUUGUGGGAGGUAUCUAAGAAAAAAUUGCUAUUCAGAGGCAUUCCUUUCCUUUUCCACUGGAUGGUUGUUGCAAAUGACGCAAUAAAUCUUUCCCUUGGGGAAAAGCACAAAGGGAGUUUGUUUUGUUUUAUUGACAAGCCACACAGGAAGUUAGAAUUAACAUGUCAUAUCCAAUUGUAACUUCUUUUUUUGCUUAUUAAGAAAUGUGUGUGAAAUUGCAGAUAACAGCUUGCUUUUGACUUUAAUGAAAUAUACGCUGUGAUGCUGUUUUAACUUCUAUAGAGAAUGCAAGGCCUAUGAUGUUAUUGCUGAUUAUUAUGCCCAUGGCUUUGGUUUUGCUAAGAGCUUAAACAUCCAUUAACUUCCAAACAUUAUCUGAUGAAAUAGAUGACCAAUUGAACAGUCUUAUCUAAAUCUCAUCAUCUAGCUCUACUUACACCUGUAGUUGAUAGCUAGGAGUUGUACCCACUCGAUAUUUCUUCUGGAGCAGAGACCUUUUACAAUUUUACUCUCUAUUAUAGUUGAUUUCUUAUAAUAACUGCUUUAUUCACUGUACAGUGAAGACUAUAACUUCAAAUUCUUUCUUUUAGUAAAACAUGCACAUCUGUUUAUGCAAAAGUAGUUCAACCUUCAGUGUCGAACAUAUUAUGAAAAUAUAUGUAUUAUAUUACUCACUGAUGUUCUUGAUGUUCUUAUCUUAUCAGGGAACUAUCCGGUUAUCUUGUUUCUCUCUUCAUGUGCAUAUGGAAAGAUGAAGAACUACGGUUGCCAAUUUUAAAGGAUGGCUAUGAACUAAGAAAGCAAUUUAUGGCACAACUAUUAACUUACAAGGACAAUGAAUGUGAAGACAAUUUGCCUGCCGGUGUUCGAGACUUUCUUAGGUGUAUCAAUGCUACUCAAAGUUAAAAAUAGUUAUGCAAGCACAGAGAAUGUAUGAGAUCAUGUUGAAACGGUCUACUAUUACAGUUGGACCUUUUUGUUUAUAGGAAUAUUUAUUAU